CCUAUAAUAUGCACCCCCAUUGCCAAGCCGAUGCCCCACGGGGGUCGAAUAGGCGGGUCUCGAUACCAUCCGAAGGACCUUACCCCAGAGCCGAUGUCGUUCGCAAGUUCCGAUAUGCUUGGUCGAUAUGGGAUGCGGUGUGCGUGAUGCAUGAUAGAAAAGGGAAGCCUCGCACCUUUGCGAAUUUUUGCUCAACAACGCUUUAAGUGUUUGAGUUCUUCCAAUUUACUGCUCGAAUCAUUAGAUUUCAGACACAACCCUCUCCCCGAUGUGUUCACAACGAAAGAACUUUCAUGUCGCUGUCGUCGGCGGCGGCAUUGCCGGCCUAUCCCUCGCCAUUGCCCUCUACCACCGAAAUAUCCCCAUCACCAUCUACGAGCAGGCCGAAGCCUUCGGUGAAGUCGGCGCAGGUGUCUCGUUUGGCCCAAAUGCAGUUGAGGCAAUGAAAGCUUGCCAUUCGGGUAUUCACGAAGCAUUCGAAAAGGUCUGCACAAAGAAUCUGUGGCCGUCGAAACAAAAAGUGUGGUUCGAUUAUCUAGACGGAUAUAACAAGGGUACCUCGACGACAGCGAAAAAUGCCAGUCGCCAAGAUAUUGCAUUCACUAUCUCCAACAGCCUCGGCCAAACUGGUGUUCACCGCGCUCACUUCCUCGACGAAUUAAUUCAACUGAUCCCUAGUGAUAUCGCGCGGUUCAAUAAACGACUUGAAAGCAUUGUCGAGCGGGAGACCGACGGGAAAAUUCUUUUGAAAUUUGCUGAUGGGACGCAAGAUGAAGCCGAUCUGGUUAUUGGCUGUGACGGUAUCAAGUCUCAGGUGCGACAGGUGAUUCUGGGAGCAGAUCAUCCCUCUGCUAAGCCGUCGUAUACCCACAAAUACGCUUAUCGCGGGCUGGUCCCGAUGGAAAAGGCGAUCGAGGCGAUUGGAGAGGAAUUAGCUUCCAAUGCCUGUAUGCAUAUGGGCCCCGGUGGUCAUAUGCUGACCUUCCCUGUAAACCAAGGGAAAACCCUCAACAUUGUUGCGUUCCAUACGACUCCGGAGGAAUGGGCCGAUUAUCCCCGAUUAACGCGACAAGGCACACGAGAGGAGGCGCUCCGUGACUUUGCCGGAUAUGGGCCGAAUGUCAUUAAUCUGCUGGAGUUGACAGACGCAGAGCUCAGCGUGUGGGCUAUCUUUGACCUUGGAGAAAACCCGGUUCCUACAUUCUACAAAGGCCGGGUCGCAAUAUCCGGCGAUGCUGCGCACGCUACAUCACCCCACCACGGUGCCGGAGCUGGCUUCUGUCUCGAAGACACUGCCGUCCUUGCUACGUUGCUAGCGGAUGAACGGGUCCAAACGCACAAGGAUCUAGAAGCUGUUCUUGCUGCAUAUGAUAUCAGUCGACGGGAACGGUCCCAGUGGCUUGUCCAAAGCAGCCGGUUCAUCGGAGAUAGCUACGAAUGGCGAGCCGAGGGGGUCGGGAGCGAUUUCAAGAAGAUUGAGGAAGCGAUCAAUUAUCGGAACGGCGUUAUUGGCAAUGUGGACAUUCCUCAGAUGUGUGCAGAUGCCACGAAGUGUUUAGAGAAAAGGCUGUCUAGCGUGACCAAGGCCUCGAUAUAGAGUUUAGAAUUGUUUUUACUAACCCUGCAUUUUCGGUGUCUUGUUGGAGCGAUCGUUUGGAAGUGUAUCUAUCAUUCCGCAUCUAGUUUUUGUUCAGUGAUAUAUGUACAGCCAUGGGUAGAUGAUUUCAAGAGAUAUUGAAAGCACAGGCGAC